AUGGCCUCGAGAGAAAGCCCAAGACCCUAUUCUUCUCCGAGGAGGGGCCCCCGGCAUUUGCCCCACAGGGCGGGGGCCCUGGGCUUUUCGGGGGGCCCCCCGCCCCGCGUUGCUUACCCCCGCUGCAGCAGCAGCAGGAGCCGCAGCAGCAGCAAAAGCACCAUCAGCUGCAGCAGCAGGACAGACCUUCCGCCAUGGCAGCAGCCGCUGCUGCAGCAUCUCGAAGACCCUGAGUUCCAAGAAGAGGGGCCCCCCUUCAGGGGCCCCUCCCCUUUCAGGGGGCCCCCCAGAGGGCACAGGUACCCCGUUCCUAGGCCCCCUCCGGGGGGGCCCCCUCCUCCCCCGGCGGACCGGGGGGCCCCCUGGGGGCCCCCAGGGGCCCCCCACCGGGCUUGGGGAGAUGGCAGGGAGACCAGUGGUCCGGGUUGGUCCUGCAGCGCCCCCGCUGCUGUUGCUUCGCACCCUCCAAGCAGCAGCAGCAGCAGCAGCAGCAGCAGGAGCAAUAGCUCUCGCCAAAACGCGGUCGUUAAGACAUACGGCAAGCGCGAGAACAGCAGCAACUUCAGCAGCAGCAGCAGCAGCAGCUACGGGCUGAAGCGGCUGCACUGCACAAGCUACCCAUCGCCUCCUCCAGAGCCACCCCAGUAUGCUGCAGCAGUAACAGCAGCAGCAGCUGCUGCUGCUGCACUUGCAAGGAAGGCUCGAGCAGCGCAGCAAGAAGCAGACGCAGACAACUGCCGCCAGCAGCAGCAGCAACAGCAACUGCUGCUGCAGCAGCAUUUCCAGCAGCAGCUGCGAGAGCAGCAGCUGCGACAGCAGCAGGACAACAGGGAAAGGCAGCAGCAGCAGCUGCAACAGGAGCAGCAGCUGCAUCAGAAGCGCUGCAGCAGCAACUCAAAGAAGAGCAGCUGCAGCAGCAGAAACUGCAGGAGCUACAUCAGCAAAAGCUGCAGCGAGAAAAAGAGCAGCGGCAGCAGCAGCAGCAGCGGCAGCAGCAGCAGCAACGGCAGCAGCAACAGCUGGAACUGGAACUACAGCUAG